AUGUCGUCAGACAAACCAACAGAUCGUAUGCUGCCCGAUGGAUCGAUGGCAUCUGGCGACUCCGUUCCUCAUCCUCUCGAUCCGCUUUCUGUCGCCGAAACAAACUUGGCUCGUGAUGCUAUUCUAAACGCCCGCGGAUCGACUGUCGUGGUCCAUUUCCGGUCAAUAUCGCUCCAAGAGCCACCAAAGAAAGAUCUAUCACAGUUCCUCGCCCUUGAACACUCCGGUGAACUGACUCCGCGGACUCCACGGCCAGAGCGACUGGCGAAGGUCAAUUAUGAUACGGUUCGAGGCGAUAAGCAACAUGAAUAUAUGGAAUCUUGGGUGGAUGUGGUGGAGGGAAGGGAGGUGACGAAGAAGCUUAUUGAUAAGGCGCAUCAGGCUAGUCUGACAAUGUAUGGGUCACCAUUUAUCCAAUAUGUUCUGCGGGAAGCUGACCAAAAGGGUUACAGGCAGGAAUUCCGAGCAUUUACCGAUGCCUGCCUUGCUUCUCCCCUCUUUCAGAAAACUAUCGCCGAAUUCGACCUUCCAGAAGGCUUCGUCGUGACAAUUGAUCCGUGGCCAUAUGGAAGCGAUGAAGAAGUCGUUCCCCGUUAUACCCAAGGUCUAUGUUUUGCAAGAGACACUCGUUCGGGAAAUGAAGACUCGAAUCAUUAUCCUUAUCCUCUGCCCAUAAUUCCUGUUAUGGAUACCUACAGUGGCGAGAUUGUGCGAAUUGAGAAAUUGUCAACAGGCGGAAAAGAAGAUGGCCUUACCCCCGGAACUCAUCAAAAGGAUAUACUUACUCACUGCUCGCCUGGGGAGUACAUUCCCGAGUUGUUGUCGCUACCACUUCGCUCUGAUAUCAAGCCAUUGAAUGUCACCCAGCCAGAGGGCCCAUCUUUCCAAGUCAAUCAAAAUCUAAUAGAAUGGCAAAAAUGGAGGUUUCGAGUGGGCUUCAAUCCUCGGGAGGGUGCCACGCUUCACGACAUUCGGUAUGAUGGGCGAAGCGUGCUAUAUCGACUUAGUCUGAGUGAAAUGACGGUACCAUAUGGAGACCCACGACCGCCUUUCCAUCGAAAGCAAGCAUUUGACUUCGGUGAUGCAGGUGCAGGGCGUGCUGCCAAUAAUCUGGCUCUCGGAUGCGACUGUCUUGGAGUCGUUAAAUAUUUCGAUGCUGUUCUAACAGACGCAGAUGGAAAGGCAAACGUGAGCAGAAAUGUAGUCUGUCUACAUGAACAAGAUAAUGGUAUCCUCUGGAAGCACACCAACUAUCGAACAGAAAGAGCUGUGGUCACCCGGCUCCGCGAGCUCGUUGUGCAAUUCAUCAUUACCCUCGCAAAUUACGAAUACAUAUUUGCAUACAAAUUUGACCAGGCUGGUGGGAUCACUAUUGAAACUAGGGCUACUGGCAUCGUUAGUGUUGUCAAUAUUGACCCUAACAAGACAAGCCAUUGGGGCAACGUUGUGUCUCCUGGUGCUCUUGCUCAGAACCACCAACAUCUAUUUUGCGUCCGGAUUGAUCCCGCCGUUGAUGGCCAUCAAAAUACCAUCGUGACUGAGGAAUCAUUACCGAUGCCGAUCUCAAACGAUCUAAAUCCGUUUGGCAGUGGGUAUGAAGUCAGACAAACUGCGAUAAAGAAGUCGCAGUUUUUUGACGCUUCACCAACUACUAAUCUCACAGUCAAAAUGACCAAUCCAUCAAAGCUAAACCCGAUCUCUGGCAGACCCGUUAGCUAUAAAUUCACCCCUUCAGCCUCUCAAUUGAUGCUUGCUCAUCCUGAUAGCAUUAUGGCAAGGCGAGCUCAAUUCGCAGAGCACCAUGUGUGGGUGACAAAAUACAGAGACCGCGAACUCUGGGCUGGUGGAGAGUUUACCAAUCAAUCUAAAGCAGAGGUCGAUGGAGUUUCGGAUGCAGCGGCACGGAACGAGGACGUUGAGAACGAAGACGUGGUUGUUUGGAGUGUCUUUGGGUUGACGCAUAACCCCAGAGUGGAAGAUUGGCCAGUCAUGCCUGUGGAAAUACAUCAAAUCCACCUUCGUCCGGCGGACUUUUUUACUAGCAAUCCCGCUCUUGACGUACCGGGUGCAAAGAAUUCAGCUUCACGGCUUGCUCCUGGCGAAGAAUUGUGUUGUGAAAGCGGUAACGUUCAGCACGCACCCGCAACGCAUCUUCAAGGCUCGGGGCCCGAUCUUGAUCCGAAGAGCAAGCUGUGA